AAUAAAUUUUAUCUUACGUUGUCAAAAUGUUUCACAGUUGCUAAUAUUCAAUGAUAUCCGAACGGUCUCUCAUUAGUCACGUGACCAACAGACAAUCGACAAUUUGUCUUUUUUACUCCACGCCCCUGGCGGCAGUCCAUGCCUCCAGUUGAGAAAUAUUAUAUUUGGGAAGUAAUAUAGUUUAAACCGCAAAAUGGAUACAAGGAAGCUGAUCGAAAUUUUGCGCGCCACCAUUGACCCUAACCAGAGGGCGCAGGCGGAGGAGCAGUUAUCCCAGAUCCACAAAAUAAUCGGUUUCGCACCGACUCUGCUCCAAGUCGUCAUGAUGAACGACGUGGCCAUCCCCGUGCGGCAGGCGGGCGUCGUCUACCUCAAGAAUCUCAUCACCUCCGGCUGGCAAGAGAAGGAACCGGAAGACAACGAGCCCCUCCCCUUCUCCAUCCACGAACAGGACCAGGCCAUGAUCAGAGACAGCAUAGUAGACGCCAUCACCCAAGCGCCCGACAUAAUCCGUGUCCAACUCUGCGUAUGCCUGAAAACUAUAAUCAAACACGAUUUCCCAACUCGCUGGACUCAAGUCGUCGACAAGAUUCAUAUAUACUUACAGAACCCGGAGCCUAAUGGGUGGAUGGGGGCGCUCCUAUGCCUGUACCAGCUGAUAAAGAAUUAUGAGUAUCAGUUGGCAGAGAAAAGGUUGCCGUUGAUAGAGGCUAUGAACCUGUUGCUGCCGAUGCUGUACAAUUUGAUCGUGACGCUGCAGCCGGACCAGUCGGCGGAGUCGGUGCUCAUUCAGAAGCAGAUCCUCAAGUGCUUCUAUGGACUGAUUAAGUACAUACUCCCACUGGACCUCAUCACCAAAGAGGUGUUCACCAAGUGGAUGGAGGUCCUCCGGAAGGUCAUGGAGCAGCCGGUCCCUGAACACACCCUCCAGGUGGACGAGGAUGAGAGGCUCGAGCUGCCGUGGUGGAAGUGCAAGAAGUGGGCCGUGCAUACCCUCUACAGGCUGUUUGAGAGAUACGGCAGCCCCGUGAACACCCGCAAAGAAUACGUGCAGUUCGCGGAGUGGUACCUGACGACCUUCACCGGUGGCAUCCUGGACGUGCUGCUCCGGGUCCUGGACCAGUACCGCAACAAGAUAUAUGUGUCCCCGAGGGUGCUGCAGCAGACCAUCAGCUAUAUCGACCAGUGCGUCUCCCACUCGCACUCAUGGAAGAUCCUGAAGCCGAACAUGUUUGAGAUUAUCAAGGACGUGCUGUUCCCUCUGAUGUCCUACUCCGAGGCCGACGAGGAGCUGUGGAACACGGACCCGCACGAAUACAUACGAAUCAAGUUCGACAUAUUCGAAGACUUUGUGUCGCCCAUAAUCGCCGCCCAAACCCUUCUCAUAUCCUGCUGCAAAAAGCGGAAAGAGAUGCUCGAACGCACCAUGCAGCUCUGCAUGCAGGUCCUCACCAGCCAGAACGGAGAGUACAGCCCCAGGCAGCGAGACGGGGCCCUGCACAUGGUCGGGACCCUCAGCGACUUACUUAUCAAGAAGAAAUUUUAUAAAGAAGAAAUAGACUCGCUUCUCAGCCAAUACGUGUUCCCUGAAUACAGCAAUCCGCUCGGCUACAUGAGAGCCCGGGCCUGCUGGGUGCUCCACUGCUUCGCCACCAUCCGCUUCAAGAGCGAACCUCUCCUAGUAGAAGCCGUCCGCUUAACCGUCAACGCUUUACUCAACGACACAGACUUACCGGUCAAAGUAGAAGCUGCUAUCGCUCUUCAAACUCUACUCGGGUCACAAGAAAAAGUUCACAAGCUACUCGAGCCUCAAGUAAAAGCGGUGACCACAGAACUUCUAAAAGUUAUCCGAGAAACUGAGAACGAUAACAUAGCCAGUGUGUUACAGAAGAUUGUACCGCUGUACACCGAGCAGCUUAUGCCUAUGGCUUACGAGAUAACUGAUCAUCUAGCGACGACGUUCCGGAAAGUCAUAGAGACAGACUCUGGAACUGAUGAGAAGGCGAUCACAGCUAUGGGGCUGCUGAACACCAUGGAGACGGUGCUGAACGUGAUGGAGGACAACCCGGAGAUCAUGGUGCAGCUCGAGAAGACUGUGCUCACCGUCGUGGGGCACAUCUUGCAGAAUAAUAUUAUCGAAUACUAUGAAGAGGCGAUGACCCUCCUCUGCAACCUCACAGCGAAGCAGAUCUCGGAAGACAUGUGGAAGGUCCUGGAGCUGCUGUACCAGGUGUUCGAGAAGGACAGCUUCGACUACUUCACUGACAUGAUGCCCGUGCUGCACAACUACAUCACAGUCGACACCAACGCCUUCGUGUCCAAUGAGAACCAUAUACUGGCCAUGUUUAAUAUGGCUAAAGCGGUCCUAAACUCUGACUCGGAAGACGAGUCCGAAAUCUACGCGGCGAAGCUCCUUGAGGUGAUGGUGCUGCAGUGCAACGGCAAGAUCGACAACUGCCUGCCAUCGUUCGUGGAGCUGGUGCUGAACCGGCUCACCAGGACUGUGAAGACCUCGGAGCUCAGGACCAUGCUGCUGCAGGUCCUAAUAGCGAUACUGUACUGCAAUCCAGUGCUCCUGUUCACCAUCCUGGACAAGCUGCAACAGGCCGUCCCCAACGCGUCCAUCACGCAGCACUUCAUCAAGCAGUGGAUACACGACACAGACUGCUUCAUGGGCCUCCACGACAGAAAGCUAUGCGUUCUCGGCAUCUGCACGUUACUGGAGAUGGGCCCCUGCCGGCCUCCGCUCGAGGCCGUGCUGCCGAGCAUCCUGCCGUCGUGCCUGGUGCUGUUCGACGGCCUCAAGCGCGCGUACGAGGCGCGCGCCGAGGCCGACGAGGACACGGAGUCCGAGGACGAGGAGGACGACCAGGACGAGGAGGUCCUCUCGAGCGACGAGGACGACAUAGAUGACAUGAACAACGAGUACUUGGAGAACUUGUCGCGCAUGGCCGUCAAGACUGCCGCCCAGCAGGGCGUCAACAUGACCGCCAACAUAGAAGACUAUGACAGCGACUCGGACGACGAGGACUACGAGCCGGACGAGACCGCCAUCGAGUGCUACACGACGCCCCUGGACGACAGGGACUGCCCGGUCGACGAGUACGUCAAGUUCAAGGCGGCGCUCUCAGGCAUAUCAACGACGGAGCCGGCGUUGUACCACGCGCUCACCCAAGUGUUGAACGAGGAGCAACAGAAGCAGCUGAGCGCCGUGCUGGUGCUCGCCGACCAGAGGAAAGCACAGCAGGACAGCAAGCGCAUCGAGCAGAGUGGAGGUUACUCAUUCACAGUACCCGCUCAAGUCCCAACGAAAUUCAAGUUCGGAUCGUAAUCACACAACAGUGCUUCACAUACACGAACACAGACAAUUAUCGUACGUGCGUUAAAACUUAUUUAUUAUCAAAAAUGUCGCGUAUGGAGAGGAGCCAAGCGUUUAAAACGCAUGUUAUGUAUUGUUAGCAUUGAAAAUGGAAUUUUUCGAUAGAUUACAUAAUGUAUUUUUAUAUAUCUGUUACGAAAAACCCCGAUCACGAGUAACGAAUGACUUGCGCUUAUAAAGGAGUAGAUUAGUUUGCUUGGUGAAUCAUAGUUGUAUAUUUUAACAGAUAUUUUGAUCCUUCGUUAAUAGUAAUUAACUUAUCAAUGCCUACUUUAAAAAAGGUUUUUAAAUUUCAUAAUUAAGAUUUACAUUUCUGCUAGUAUGUGUACUACAGAUACAAAAUGUGACGUUCUCAAGCAAAAGGUACCGUAAGGAUGAAAUUUGCACGAAUAACCUGUUAGAGCGUCUUGUCGAAAGCGACAAUGUGGUACCUUCUGCUUGAGAACGACACAAAUUUUAAAUAAAAUUUUAAAAAUCUGAAAAUUCAUCCUUGUAUUCGUAGCGAUGUCCAUUUUUUUUUCGCUACAUACAUGGCAAAAUACUCUAUUUGUUAAGUUAACUCAAAUCAUGAAUUAAACAGCAAAGGUUCAUGAAUGUUUUCAUUUCCAUGGUGCAGGCACUGCGCACGUUUUUAAUAGUUAUUUACGAUACAAGUGAAGAAAAUAGGAAGUUCGCAACGAGUAUUUAAAUGGACACGAGUUGCGAACUACCUAUUCGUACGUGUAUCGUACAACGUUUUACAUGUACUUUUGCAUUUAGGUAUAGAAGUAACAUCGCCGUGAAGGCCCGGCCUAGAAAUUUGCGGCUAACGCAUAUAUGCGGUAUUGGCGGUCGAUGUAUGGAGACGAUAUAAUAUAAAGAGAUCAACUUGUUUUGAGCAACGAUUCAUUUAUUUUGUGAAUGGUUCAACUCUUUGUACUACGUUAUAUUAAGUAUAUGAUCCAUUAUGGCUGGAGCUUAUAACUGCCAUAAUAAUGUAUGAUUGGUUAUUUUCAAUACGACCGUAACUAUGGCAACGUGUGACAAAAGUUGAUUCACCCAUAUCAAAGAUAUAUUGAUUGAGAUGUGUAAAAUCUAAGACAAUUUCGUGCUUCGAAUUUGACAGGUAAACAAGAUGGCGCUGUACAGCUCCACACAUUUUGCGGUAACUGACUGGAAAAGUUGACGUUUGACAAUUUGACCGCGAAACAUGGCGCAGUACAGCGCCAUCUGUUUUCGAUGUUAAACUAAGGGGCGCAGUUUUUUCUUAAUAUAAUAAUAAUAAUUCAGCCUAUACGUCCCACUGCUGGGCACAGGCCUCCUCUCAUGCGAGAGGGCUCGGGCUAUAGUCCCCACGCUAGCCCAAUGCGGAUUGGGGACUUCACACACACCUUUGAAUUUCUUCGCAGAUGUAUGCAGGUUUCCUCACGAUGUUUUCCUUCACCGAAAAGCUAGUGGUAAAUAUCAAAUGACAUUUCGUACAUAAGUUCCGAAAAACUCAUUGGUACGAGCCAGGAUUUGAACCCACGACCUCCGGAUUGAAAGUCUGACGUCAUAUCCACUCGGCUACCACCGCUUUUUAGUUUUUUCUUAGUUUUACCUAUAUUACAAUCAAUCCUGUUUAAUAUAACAUGACUGUCAAGAUGAAGUGUAAGACACCUAACCGAGGCAAGGGUUUCACUUCGGAAUGAGAAACUCCUAUCUUCGUUCUGGCCCUCUAAAAAUUCACUGAAAAGUAACAUAAUUUUGACAAAGAGGGGUCAUGUUUUCACUAAAUAACCAUCGGCAAAUUUGUAUGGGCACUGUCCCCACCCACCAACAGAAACGAAACAUGUCUCAUUCAAUAGGUCUUGGCAACCUGAUGAUUUGUUACUAUGACGAGGAUCGCCUGCAACUUUCAAUGAAAUGAGCGAAAAAUAUAUAAAAACAAAAUACAGUUUUCCAAGAAAACCCCAUGCAUAGGGCGAUCCUCGUCAUAGUAACAAAUCAUCAGAUUGCCAAGAUCUAUUGAAUGAGACAUGUUUUGUUUCUGUUGGUGGGUGGGGACAUUUCUGCCCAUGGUCCUUUGUCUCAGUUAAACGUUUUGAAUGAAUUUUUACUAUGCGUUGACAGUUGGUCAGCGUCUCGUUUAGGUUAAUUCCAGUGACUAGUUAUAAGAAACCACGUCUAAUCGUCUGUGUUCGUUGUUACAAUCGUUGAUUUUAUUUAUUGGUUAAUCGCUUAACGCGUUUAUAUUUGUACUGUCUACAGGUACAGUCAAUGUAUUAAAUAUAGAUACGGACAAGCUGCCAAAAAUAAUGUAUACACUACCUUAAUAUGUGGGCAAUGAAAACGUGUAUACAUAUUUUUGGCAUUUGGUUCGCAUCGAUAUUUUCGGACGUAACAGUACAUGCGCAAAGGCGGAACAAUCUAAAGACUUAUCCUUCCGCAGCCCGGAGGCCUAUACAAAGGUCGCCCGGUUCGUUGAAUUGACAAAUAAAAAUUAUGAAUCCACACAAAAUAUAAAAAAAACCUUUAUAAUUUGUAUUCGAACACCGAGCAAUUCCAAUUAUUUAGUCAUUAAUGUCUACUUUUGUUAGCGAUUUACUUGACUUUUUCUAAAAAUCUUAGUCUAAAUAUGUGCGCCAGAAAGCACAAGUGUUAUUUUAAACGUCAUCUAUGAAAAUAUGACGUUUACCAAAGAUUUGAGUAAGAUGUGUAAAAUCUAAGACAAUUUCGUGCUUCGAAUUUGACAGGUACACGAUACAUUUUGCGGUAACUGACUGUGAAAAGUUGACGUUUGACAAUUUGACCGCAAAACAUAUGGCGCAGUACAGCGCCAUCUGUUUUCGAUGUCAAACUAAGGCGCACGUUUUUUUCUUAGACUUUACCUCUCUAUUACAAUCAAUUCUCUUUGCGUUUACUUAACACUAACGCUGUCUGGGCUAUCAAAAUCGUUGCUAACUUAGCUUGGUUGGACUUUGCUAUUCGAAAAUAAUAUACAUGCACUAUAAUGUAAUAUUUAACCCUUAGAAUGCCACGGUUAUCGUGCGCGACGUGUCAUAGUGAACCUUAUCGGGAAGUACUAAGGUCGAUAUUGGGCUGAAGCCACGUGGGCGGUCAACGGGUUAAAUGAAACACUCAUAAUAUUAAGUAAAACAUAGAAUAGGGUUGUUUCCAAUUUUUUGAAACGCUCGUAUUACGUUAUAUAUUAAGUAAAAGUUGCCCUAAAAUUCAACUUUUAUACUAAAAACGGCUUUAAAUAUGUUAAAUGAACGAAAUAUAUUUUGACAGAUGCUUUCGCGCCCAAAACGCUCUUUGAAAAUUGUGUGACGUCACAGUUUACGGUUUGACACAUAACUACAUACGUAGAUGAUACUAACUGUCAACUGACAUUUGUCAUUUGUUGUUUAUCGCCUAACUGUCAACAGUGUCAAUCCGAGAGUUGUGACGUCAUCAGAAUCUUCAAAGACGUUUCGAGUUUGGUCACGUGACGUGUGCCAAAAGAUAUUUUAAAUUCAAUAUUUACAAAAAUAUGGUUAUUACAGGUCCCCUAAAAGUAGUUUAACAUGUUCUUAUAAUCCAAAAGAAUUUAUUGGGAUACAAUUCUGCCCUAAGAUUUGUAGAUGGAAACAACCCUAUUGUCCCCCUUAGUCCAAUGAACGAAGAAAUCUAAUAACAAGUUUAUUUUGAAAUGAAUUUCUAUGCUAUUUUUUUAUCCUCAAAACGAAAGUGGAGGGCCCUCGCUAAAUCACCUUUUCAUACACACGUAAACCUCAUUUUCCUCUCUGAAUAUUAAUAUUAUUCAAAAUAUUUAGACAGAAUUUGUUGUAUACCAACCACAGGUAUGCCUUUACGUUUUUUUUUUUCGAAUUUAUGAUUAUUAUACGAGUUGGGAGCAUUUGAAAAUAUGUAUGAAAUUUUCGUUUUUGGGAGAAUCAACUUUUUUAGUUGCCAUGGUUACGAUUAGUUGUCCAGGGGACAAAAGUUCAUUGAAAUACUGAUUUUAUGGUACUUAAAUGUAUCAAACUUGCGUUUUUGUGGUCGUUAUAACCAAUGUCCAUAAUGGGCCCCCUACUAAGCAUGUUAAUAGAUCGGCAUACAACGUCUCUUCAAACAAACUGUGCCACUGUUGUCCCUUGGACAACGGGACAGGAUAACAAAACAAAAAAAGUUGAUUCACCCUUUUAAUUUAUACAAUAAUCAAAAAAAUUUAAAAAGUCAAACGUCCCUAUGGUUAAUUUACGUCAAAUUGUGUUAAAAUAUUUUCGAUAUUGUCAAUAUUCGGAGAGGAAAACGGGGACUACGUUUGUAUGAAGACGCGGCCGUCUUCUUUCCUCUUAAACGUGAUUUCGAGUCAGCCUUCCUAUUGUGGAUGCAAUGUUUCCUAAUAUAAAACUAACCGGCCAUACAUAAUGGUGCUUUAAACUAAUUAUUUAAUAUAAGAAUAAUUUGUCGUCCGUCAAUGGAAGGAUAUACUGAAGUUAUUAUAGCAAAGAGACCCAGGUAUCUUCGUAAAUUGGAUUAUAUACUGUCGACAACAUUAUUUUUUAUAUACAACUUAAUGUUGGUUGAACUGUGCACAUAUUUGAGGCUAGAAAUCACAUAUAUUGAAAAAACACGAUAUACUUAGCAUGCUAAAAUUAUUUAUGUACGUUGGAACAUUUAAAACGGGUGACUUUGUGAGCCUUUUGUGUUCAAAGUGACCCGUUUUCUUUGUAGGUGUACAAUGAGUCGAGUACAUUUUUGUUUUUAUGCGUAUAUUUAAGUGUAAGUGUUUAUACGAAUGGUAUAUUUUUGUUUUGAACUGUCACUUGUAGUUUGCCCGCGUUUAUAUCACUAAAAGUGCAUACUUUUGAAAGUUUUUACGUGUUGUGGUAUAUGACUACAAUAUUAAAUAUCAGGGUGCGUAGACACCAAUGCCAAUCGUUUAGGGUCCGUAGCGUAGUUAUCUCUCUCUAUCACUCUUAGUGCGACAGAGACAGUUGCUAGACCACGGGCCAGGAGCAUAUUUCGUCAGUCCGCGCCAACCGGCUGAUACUGUUUUCAAUUAAAAAAACCUUCAGCAUUAAAAUAUUCCCUGCUAUAGUAAAAAAACAUAUUAUACAUUCGCUAUUUCGUUGUAGUCAUUUUUCGAUAAAGUAAUUGAUAUAUUUACGACCUUAUAGAAUAAGCUAGCGCAAAAGCAUAUUUACUACGCGCGAAGUAUCGCGAUUAGCGCGGGUUUCAAGAAGGAAGCAAGCGACGUAUGUGUAGAUUUUAUUGAACGAUGCGUCACCUGAGGAAAGGGGACUGCCGUUGUUCCAUACAAACAUGGCCCCCAUUUUCCUCUUUGGAUAUAAUUUUAUGUAUAUUAACAAUAGCUAUGCCCCUACGAAUUUUUAAAUGAUCCUUACUCUUAUAAUAAUUUAGUACCUGGGCGACCGAGCUUUGCUCGGUUAUAACUAUUUAUUGUAAUAUGGUGGUGUAUAGGUGAUGAUCUUAACUACAUUUUUUUUACUAAAUUAAACUUGUCUAAAACAAUAGAAAUUAAAAAAAUAUAUAUAAACUUGAACAUAUAAAAAAAAAAAAACAAAAGUUAGUCACCGGGCAAGAUUCGAACCCUCGUUUAGCAGUCCGCGUCUUAACCCGCUGGACCAGACGGACAGUGGCCGGCUACACGAAAUUAGCGACCAUUUUCUGCGUCGAAAGAAAAACGCAUGAAAACUUGAAAACACGCCGUUUCCCAAACAUAAGACUAAUCUAGAUAGAUUGUAUGCCCCCAAAAACCCCCAUAUACCAAAUUUCAGCGAAAUCGUUAGAGCCGUUUCCGAGAUCACAGAUAUAUAUAUAUAUACAAGAAUUGCUCGUUUAAAGGUAUAAGAUAAAAAUCAAACGUAUGAACGGAGUUGUGAUUGAUAUACAACGAAUUGUACCAAAAUAUUUUCAAUAAUUUUGAUAUCCAGAUAGGAAAACGAGGGCUAUGUUUGUAUGAUAAGCGAUUUUGGUCCUAAGCAACUUCCAUAUUGAUGGUCUCUGUGACGAGGGACAAAAUGGUGCUGAAGUUAAAUUAUUUGACUGUAUGUCGAUUGAACAGCGAAUGGAGCAAUUGUCCACUUUUAUUGCAGUUAACUGUUGGGCGGAGAUUUUAUUUUAUUUAUUUUUAGUUUUUAGUUUUUUCUUUUUUUUUUUUUGACAAUUGCGAUCAUUUGCUAAUCAUUCGUAAAUACAGUUCAAUAUUUCUUAACCCUUUACCAGGCUAAGGGAUAUAUAUUUCCCACAUGCGGCUCUUCAAACAUGUGUUCUAUUUUCGAUGAGUAAAACUGACAUUCGAAUGUCAUUUUUGAACUGUCAGCCUGGUAAAGGGUUAACGCAUUCACGGCCGACGUUUUCCCGUUCUACCGUUUUCCCGCUUUGUAGAGAGCGACUACGAACAGAGCGCCCGCCGAGCGGGUUGCCGGCAAUCAAUGUGCUUAAAUAGAGGAUUUCGGAAUAGGUACCUAAAGUAUUCAGUAUUGGUGUCAGCUAUAGCAGAUUGUUUGGGCGGUGUUUUAAUUUAUUUUUUCGUUUAUUAUUUAUUAUUAUUUUUUAGCUGACACGCUUACCCAGGAAUGUCUUUAGUCUUAACACUAGAGUCAUUAAGGAUUAAUAACAUAUUCGAAACCUCAAUUUUAAUAUUAUGAUGUGUCCGCAACGGCAAAGUGGGUGCCAGCUUGAAUAUUAAAUGUUCUGUGGUCAAAUAUUCCGAAAUAAGUAAUUUUUAAACUGAAGCCUGGCCGGUAAUAUAUGAUCACGCGCCAUAUUGCGGAAUCUCAUUGGAACUAAAUUUUUCAUACUAAACUGAACUGUCACCCUAUACAUGCGAAUAACAGCGCCCUCUUGACAAUGAUCAUAUACACCGUGUUUUUUUUUUAUUUGCGUUAAUUUCGAGGGUGCAUUCCUGAGCUUAAAUUAAGUAACUUUCUCAAAGACACCGAUAUUCUAAUUAACUCCAUUUCGGAGAUAAUCAAUCAUUAAUUUUUAUCUUAUAAGGCCCUUACGAGCGUGUACACAUGCCUUAGGGCCUGUUUACUUAUUGAUUAGUGUUUAGUGCGAGUUCAUACAUUUGCUACUAAACGUAAGUACUAUCUCGGACGAUCGACGUUCGAAAUGACAUUGAUAUGUCACAGUUUUCAAUUGUUUGGUUGAGUUAAAUGUAAUGCCCGUGUUACAACAACGCUAUAUGCAACAUUUAGUUACUUAUUAUUUAAAAAAAAUAUAAAAAAAAAAAACAAAAAAAAUUUUUUUUUAAAUUAUCCAUGCCAUUUAGUUUUCUUAAACGUACUUACCGAUACCCCAAAGUUAACGAAAUUCAAUAAAAACACGGUGUAUUUAUGGUAAAACCUUACGCUUGCCAUGAAUAGACAACGCAGCGGGCAUGAUUUAUUUUAACAACUUGAUAAUGUACACAGUAUAAAGUCGAAUAUAGCGAUCUCUAUAUAUGAAUAGCGUUUGUUAAGUAGGUGUCGAGUUUUGCUGAUUACAGACAGCUAUUAUAUUUAUUUGUUUUAUUUUAUUUAUUAUAUAUUUUCGGUUGAUUUUCGUCUGAAAACGCACUUGUUGCCUAUCUCAUGGAUAUAUCCUAAAUUUCGUACAGUGGUAACAAGAUGAAUCCAGUUGUGACCAGUUACAUGAGAUAUUCAUUUCAUUAUCAUAUUUUAUGUCGAAAUAUAUUGAUUAGGAACUGUAAAACUGAAUCUAUCAAUACUUUCUCGAAUCGAUAGAAAAUCGGAUUGUUGACAAUUUUUUUUUGAAUUAAUUGAAAUUUUUUAUUCAUUAAUUUUAAUUAAAAAGAAAAGUUUAAUGUUUAGUGUUAGAAUUUCGCGCCAUUCUGACUGCAAGGUUGUGCAUUUAGCCAGUUUUGACAACUUGUCUAUUGCCGGCAGUUCACUUGGCUUUAUAAUUUGGCAAAUAUACGUGUUGCAUCCCUUUUGUUUUGUAUGUCAAAGGAAAGAGAUGCAAUACUAAUAUUUGUCGGUUGGCUGUAUCCAUGUGAAGUGCCAGCAUGUGAUCCUUCGAUUAGAUACGCGCGCGUGAUACUGUGCAUUAUUUUAAAUACUUUUGAUUCAUUUUAAUUAAUUUAUUAUGCAUAUUUACAUCUAAAAAAUAAUAAUUUAAACAUCAAAAUAUUCAAAUAUUGCUAUGGUAAAAACAACAUUGUAUACAUUCGCAAUUCAUGUCAACAUCCCUAUUAUGGAACGGUAUUAGUACCUACAUAUACAUUUGAGAGUGACUAAUUCAAUUAAACUUGAAGAUAUUACGAUGUAUUUUAAUAAAUGGGUCUUACUUGUACCAAAUUAGGGCAGGCAAAAACUAGAAAGAAUUUGAAAAUAAAUACGACGACUGUAGUGGUAUUAUAAAGCCUGAGACAUUCAUUUAUAGGUCUGUGUCCUAUAGAUUGAUUAAAUCGUUUUGCACAGCCGUCGCGAAAACUGAUUUGACUUAUUGCACACUAACCUAUUGUUGACGUGUUUUACGCUCAAUUAUUUAUUGUAUAUUACCACUAUAGAUGUGUGUGUUUGUCUCAUUCUGCUUGUGGUAUUCAUCCUUUGAUUUUUGCGUAAUAUACAUGACAUAAUUUUAUGUAAUAUAAUAUGUAUUUUGCACUUCGCGCGUAGCGAAUAGCCGAAAACCUAAAAACGGAUGUAUUUGAAACCUUACGAAUUAAUAUUAGCUUAGAUGUCUUCCAAAGUCGUCUGGGUUAUAAACACGCUUCAAAACACCAUUACGCUUGUACGUUUGACAGGACUAAAGUCUAAAAAGUACAUUUUCUGCCCUCCGGGCGGAAAGCGUCAACUUGGCUCCCGCUGCGAUAUUUUGAUCGCAGCUAUUUAAAUGUAAUGGUUGCGUAAAUGCAACUGCUUUUGACAUUGGGGUUAAUGAGGCGGUCGAAACGCAAAAACGUUGGCCUUUUAGGCUGUGGCGUCGUUCGUGUACAUUUGAGAGUGACUAAUCAAAUUAAACUUGAAGAUAUUACGAUGUAUUGUGAUAAAUGGGUCUUACUUGUACCAAAUUAGGGCAGGCAAAAACUAGAAAGAAUUUGAAAAUAAAUACGACGACUGUAGUGGUAUUAUAAAGCCUGAGACAUUCAUUUAUAGGUCUGUGUCCUAUAGAUUGAUUAAAUCGUUUUGCACAGCCGUCGCGAAAACUGAUUUGACUUAUUGCACACUAACCUAUUGUUGACGUGUCUUUCGCUCAAUUAUUUAUUGUAUAUUACCACUAUAGAUGUGUGUGUUUGUCUCAUCCUGCUUGUGGUAUUCAUCCUUUGAUUUUUGCGUAAUAUACAUGACAUAAUUUUAUGUAAUAUAAUAUGUAUUUUCUGUAAUAUACAUGACAUAAUUUUGAGCCCACGAAAACUUUUACUUAAACUUAAUACCCCCGCUACGCACUUCGCGCGUAGCGAAUAGCCGAAUUCCUAAAAACGGAUGUAUUUGAAACCUUACGAAUUAAUAUUAGCUUAGAUGUCUUCCAAAGUCGUCUGGGUUAUAAAUACGCUUCAAAACACCAUUACGCUUGUACGUUUGACAGGACUAACGUCUAAAAAGUACAUUUUCUGCCCUCCGGGCGGAAAGCGUCAACUUGGCUCCCGCUGCGAUAUUUUGAUCGCAGCUAUUUAAAUGUAAUGGUUGCGUAAAUGCAACUGCUUUUGACAUUGGGGUUAAUGAGGCGGUCGAAACGCAAAAACGUUGGCCUUUUAGGCUGUGGCGUCGUUCGUGUACAUUUGAGAGUGACUAAUCAAAUUAAACUUGAAGAUAUUACGAUGUAUUGUGAUAAAUGGGUCUUACUUGUACCAAAUUAGGGCAGGCAAAAACUAGAAAGAAUUUGAAAAUAAAUACGACGACUGUAGUGGUAUUAUAAAGCCUGAGACAUUCAUUUAUAGGUCUGUGUCCUAUAGAUUGAUUAAAUCGUUUUGCACAGCCGUCGCGAAAACUGAUUUGACUUAUUGCACACUAACCUAUUGUUGACGUGUCUUUCGCUCAAUUAUUUAUUGUAUAUUACCACUAUAGAUGUGUGUGUUUGUCUCAUCCUGCUUGUGGUAUUCAUCCUUUGAUUUUUGCGUAAUAUACAUGACAUAAUUUUAUGUAAUAUAAUAUGUAUUUUCUGUAAUAUACAUGACAUAAUUUUGAGCCCACGAAAACUUUUACUUAAACUUAAUACCCCCGCUACGCACUUCGCGCGUAGCGAAUAGCCGAAUUCCUAAAAACGGAUGUAUUUGAAACCUUACGAAUUAAUAUUAGCUUAGAUGUCUUCCAAAGUCGUCUGGGUUAUAAAUACGCUUCAAAACACCAUUACGCUUGUACGUUUGACAGGACUAACGUCUAAAAAGUACAUUUUCUGCCCUCCGGGCGGAAAGCGUCAACUUGGCUCCCGCUGCGAUAUUUUGAUCGCAGCUAUUUAAAUGUAAUGGUUGCGUAAAUGCAACUGCUUUUGACAUUGGGGUUAAUGAGGCGGUCGAAACGCAAAAAACGUUGGCCUUUUAGGCUGUGGCGUCGUUCGUGUACAUUUGAGAGUGACUAAUCAAAUUAAACUUGAAGAUAUUACGAUGUAUUGUGAUAAAUGGGUCUUACUUGUACCAAAUUAGGGCAGGCAAAAACUAGAAAGAAUUUGAAAAUAAAUACGACGACUGUAGUGGUAUUAUAAAGCCUGAGACAUUCAUUUAUAGGUCUGUGUCCUAUAGAUUGAUUAAAUCGUUUUGCACAGCCGUCGCGAAAACUGAUUUGACUUAUUGCACACUAACCUAUUGUUGACGUGUUUUACGCUCAAUUAUUUAUUGUAUAUUACCACUAUAGAUGUGUGUGUUUGUCUCAUUCUGCUUGUGGUAUUCAUCCUUUGAUUUUUGCGUAAUAUACAUGACAUAAUUUUAUGUAAUAUAAUAUGUAUUUUGCACUUCGCGCGUAGCGAAUAGCCGAAAACCUAAAAACGGAUGUAUUUGAAACCUUACGAAUUAAUAUUAGCUUAGAUGUCUUCCAAAGUCGUCUGGGUUAUAAAUACGCUUCAAAACACUAUUACGCUUGUACGUUUGACAGGACUAACGUCUAAAAAGUACAUUUUCUGCCCUCUGGGCGGAAAGCGUCAACUUUGCUCCCGCUGCGCUAAACGAAGUUGCUGCUUUCCGUUGAGUAGAAAAAUUGUAUACGCUCUACGGGAAGAAACGUAGGAUAUUCCAUCCCACGUGUUUACCACCCUCGCCUUCGGCUCAGGUGACAAUUUUACACGCGGCACGCAAUUUCCUACUUUUCCUCCCUUGGGACACAAAUAACUAUUGUUUAAAAAAAGGUGCACUAUAACGUUUUAACGAAGUUAAUGUUUAUAUAAAUAUGUGAUGCAGCUCAAACUGUCGUUAGACCGCCGUGCGCCAUUUUGUUAAGUCGAGCAGCCAUCUUGUAAUAAUUCAAGAUGGCGGCAUUUGAUGCGAUAGCGGGAAACAUUUGCCUAAUAUUUUGAUCGCAGCUAUUUAAAUUAUUGUAAUGGUUGCGUAAAUGCAACUGCUUUUGACAUUGGGGUUAAUGAGGCGGUCGAAACGACGCCAAAGCCUAAAAGGCCAACGUUCUUGGCAAGGCAUCUUAUAGAUGCAUGGAUACGUGAUAAGACUUGUGAAAUGCGGGCGAAGCUCUAUAUUUUGUGAUAACUAUGGGCGAAUCGGCCAUGUCAAUUUUUUAUUGGUUUGGGAAAACUACCCAAUGAUUGGCACUAUGUAAUUUACAUCUUUUUGUAAGUCACCACCGCUUAAGUAAAAAGGUGCCCACUAAUGGUGGGCUGACGAGAAUAGGGUAGUUUACCCUACUAUCGACUUGUUUUUGACGUGCGUUUUACAGUGGUAAACGCAUUAGUUUGUAACAAUUAUGUUUUGUAUUUAACUUUUUUUUUAGUUUUGAGUGUCGUCAGUGUAUAGUUCACUUUCGAAAGUAUACAUGAAUUUUGAAUUAUGCAAGUAUUAAUGUAGGCGUCACAGCUAUGAAAUACAAUUUAUUUAAGCUCUUUUGAGCUAUAAAGCUGUACAAAUGAAAGUUUAUAAAACUCCUAAUAAAAAAUGGGUAAGUAUAAAGGCAUAAAGGGAAACUGAACUAUGCACUAGACCAGGUUGAGUCGUUAGGGCGUGGAGCUCUCGUGUCGCUUGCGGCGCGGGGAUGCUGCAACAUUGUAAAUAUCACGCGUAUCGAACUAUAUAAAUGUAAGAGAUGUUUCACUUCAUGUAAAUAAAUGUGAUUCAUAAGAA